AUGGCGGGCGCCCGGCCGAACGGUCAGUUCGCGGCCAAGGUCCAGCGCCACGCCUCCCAGAUCCUCACCUACGGCGACGAGCUCCUGCAGGCCCAGGCGCUGAGUCUCAUUCCCGUCGACCGCCUGCGAUCGGAGGCCGACGCCGCCGUGGCAGCGGCCGGCGAGGAUCAGGCGCAGCCGAUCGACCCCCAGGCGGCCCUCGUGCGGGCUUUGCUGGAUUGGUUCAAGGGGGAGUUUUUUGAAUGGGUGAACAGCCCGCCGUGCUGGAACUGCGGCCAAGGGGAGGCCUCGCGGGUGGCCGUGGAGGCGCCCAGCGAAGCCGAGGCGCGGCACGACGCCAGCCGGACGGAGGUGUACACGUGCCUGAAGUGCGGCGCGGGGAUACGGUUCCCCAGGUACAACGACCCCGCCAAGCUGCUUGAGACGCGCCGCGGCCGUUGCGGUGAGUGGGCCAACGUCUUCACCCUUUUCUGCAUCGCCCUGGGCCUCGAUACUCGCCUGGUGGUGGACUGGACAGACCAUGUGUGGAAUGAGUACUACUCCCAGGCAAAGGGCCGUUGGGUCCACAUGGACUCCUGUGAGGCGGCAGCCGACCAGCCGCUGCUGUACGAGAGUGGCUGGGGCAAAAAACUGACCUAUGCUGUGGCCUUUCACCGGCUGGGGGUGACAGAUGUCACACGGAGGUACACGCGGCAGUGGCCGGCUGUUUUGGCACGGCGGGUUGAAGCGGAUGAAGACUGGCUGGUGAGGCACCUUAGAGAGGUGACAGGGGGAAUGCGGAUGGGGCUUGGUUCAGCAGAUGCAGAUGAGAUGGCGGAGCGGGACAUGUUUGAGGACGCUGAGCUGGAGACGGCGUGUGGGGAGGGGGCGGGGCGCGAGGCGGAGUCCUUGCCUGGUAGGACCACAGGAUCGGUGGAAUGGAGGCGGGCGCGGGGGGAGUUGGGGAGGGAGGAGGGACGUGAUGUGGACGCUGGGGGCGUGGGGGGAGGGACGGGCGGGGCAGAGGCUGGUGGGAUUGAUGGCAAGGACGCUGCGGGCGUUGAGGGCUCGGAAGGUGCGGGAGUAGAUGGUGAGUAG